AGCGGAAAAGGAGCAAAAAUUCCUUUGAAAAUGGUAUAAAUGUCAUUGGGCCUAUCUUUCUCAGGAUUGCUCCAUUUUAUGCUCGAUUAUUUCGUGGAAAGUGUUAUUUUGGUCCUUUCACAUUUGAUAGCUUCCGAUGUGCUUGAAACCCGGAGUUUCGAUUCUCUAAAGCUUCUUCGAGAAGUUCGAUCUCAGAUGGAAUUAGGUUCAGAAUUGAAGAAUUUUAAGGCAGCAAGCGGUAGAAGUGAACAUGCAAGAACAAGCAAUCAGUCAAGCGUAAAGAUUGAUGUCUCGGUAGAAUCUAUCUUGAAACAAGAACACUUGUUCUCUGGAAGCGCCUAUUCAAGUCCAAAACAGGCACUGAAUCAAUCUGGGUCGAUAAUAAGUCAUCCAAGAAAAAGGGUUAGCAGCAAAUAUUGUUAGGGUAAGCUGGUUUUGCAGGCUCCUGAAGCUGAAGACCUAAAUGCAAGAUUGAGG